UCAUUAGAAAUGACUCAGUCGGCUGAAGUCCGUUCCACGUUUUCCUGGUUGCUCUGCUGCACGCAUGGUGGGCGUGACUGACAUGGUUGUCAACAAAGUUAGAAAAUAAAAGACCGAACGAACCAAAGUGAAACUACAGGCUUGUGGAAGCUGGAGGAGGAGUCAGUGCCAUUACUAUCCCAUAAUAAGCAGUGUCCUUGUCUGAUCCCUCCACAGACACGGGGACAUGAGGACAUUUCUCACAAAGAAGCAUAAAAUAAGUAAAACUGUCCAGAAUGAAUGCUGACAGAUGCUUUGAAACCCUCCGUCCCCCAGUUCUGGUUAGAACUGGGUUUGCCCGCGGGUCAUCUGGGUGAGGCCACAGAACCUGCAAAGACUCUCAAAAGGUCUGGAAAAGGACCGGUUCGGCUGGCUCCGGUGAAGUGGAGACGGUCAUACUGGGAAGUUUCGGUAAUGGAAACACACCAAUUAGUGCCUGGCUGUCCUAUAAAAGACACCCAUUCCUCCUUUUUGUGUGAGGAUGCCAGCUGGUCCUGUUCCCCUGCAGAUAGCUCAUCAGUACUUAAUACAAGUUGUUUAUUGUUUAUCUACGUUGGUGUUAGUUUGGGAUGUUCUGAUCAUACCAGCAACACCUGUGUGAACCCUGUGUGAUGCACUUGGGCUUCUUCCCCUUUUCCUUCAUGCUGUGCAGGACAGCAGCAACAAUGUAAAACAACAUGUCCGCCUAACUUUAACUCUGUCUGCGAGAGUGAUGUAAGCUUUGAGUCCUGCAAUGAAAAGCUCCAGCUCCUGGGGAAGCUGAUCACAGCUGGUUUAAUAAGAUGUGAAGAACAACAUCUGGGUGGAGUGAGGUGAGUUUCCAGGGAUCGCUGCAGAGAUAAACACCUCCCAGUCAGACGCAGCUACGCUCACCAACACCCGUCUGUAUGAGCGUCAGAAGGCUCGGCUAAUAACCGGACCAUGAGGAAGUUCAUGAUGCUGGAAGAGCAGCCUUUCUCUGUGGUGGAAGAAGAACCAAGUUUAUUCAUACAGCACGUGUCCCAGACUGAGGUCACACAAGGAGUUACAAUAAAACGCUGAACACUAAAGCUAGAACAUAAGACAAUGAGUAGAAAACAACAGGCUCCGCCCACUGCUCAAUCACCAAGUAACCCACUACAGGACAUAUAAUAAUAACAACUACAAUAAUAAUCAUUAUAAUAAUAUAAUGACAACAAUAAAUCUCCCAAAAUGCUAAUUUGUAAGGUUCCUUUGCUUUGUAGUGCUUUAGCCUGCUGAGAGCUUCAAAGUUAAAGGUUGUUACUGACAGCAGCUACAUCUAAGUGUUUAUUCAUUUUCCUUUUGACUGAAUAGUUGCUGAUUUGAUCUUGGAGACGUUUCUCCUCACAUCAGCUUCAGAUCUAAAGAAUGAUUUGUGAGUAGGUGUUGCGCUGACCUUAGAGGUGUGGCUGCCCCUCUCUAUUGUUCCUCAUCCUUUCCCUACAUGCUGACUCCGUUGCGCGUUGCCAGCGCGUGACCGCAGAUGGAACCUGCGUGCGCUCCGGCGCGCGCCUCGCCAGGUGAGCAGAAUUGAGGCAGUUAAGAGCUUGUGCUCGGGGGAAAUGAAGUACAGCCAAAAUGUCUGCAACAAGCUUUUGCCCAGCGCGCGGCAGACUGAGAGGAGUGCAGAGCGAACACAAAUGGGUACACUGUGAGGAGGAAGACUUUGAUCUUGACGGGCUGUCGGUAAGCUCUUGGAUUCACGUCUUUAUAUGGACUCUUUAUCCGUCUGGGUGUGAAUGGAAUUUACUGAGAGGAAGUGUGUUAACGUCUGGAGUGCCAGAAAUGACUGCAGGAAUAAUAGUAAAUUAAAUGAAAGCAAGUUAAGGCAGAAAACAGAUGUAUUCAUGUAUUUAAUUAUUUGUCUGGUAAAAUCAGUCUUUUUUCAUCCUUGCUUCAUUGUGAAAUGAUUCAUCUCUGAAUUAGCAGCCAGUACUUGUAAAAGCAGAUAGAAUAGUACUUGUCUAAAACUAGACGCCCAACUGAAGGUUACUAAAGAUGCUGGUGUGUUCUCCUUGCUCUGUAUUACCUGUAACAGCAUUGAAGUUUAUCUGCAUGAUUUAGUUACAUGUUUAUUUUUGUUAUUUAAAGCUUUUCCACCUGACUGGUUCCUGAACCCGGACUGAUCUCAGUACUGGUCAAAUAAAUUGUUCUGAGUGAAAUCCAAAGUCUGCUCUUUCCAAGUGUCGGCACCUCACAGUGGAAGAAAACACUUGACAGUAGGAGGCUUAGAAGUUCUGGUCAGAACCAAACACGCUGAUUGUGAUGGAAGUUUUUAUUGAUCCUAAAGUAGAAAUAUGUUUUUAUCUAAAUGAAGUUCAUGUUCUUGUUCCUUUUCCCCACAUCAUGUAGCCGGUAUCACUCGUGGUGUAAAUAUAAAGGUAUGGUGGUCUGUAACAUCAUGUGUCUGUGUUUCCUACAGAUGUUCAACAGCUGGUGCUGGUUAAAGAAGAAGAUCCUGAAGAACAGAGUGCUGGUGUGGACCAGCAGGACCCAGAACACCUCCACAUAAAGGAGGAACAGGAGGAGCUCUGGACCAGUCUGGAGGGAGAGCAUCUCUGUUUGAAGGAGGAGACUGAAGCUGUCGGGUCUCCUGUUACUGCUGUUUCUAUAAAGAGUGAGGAUGAUGAAGAGAAACCUCUGGUCUCACAGCUUCAUCAGCAGCAAAUAGAAGACAGAGAUGUUCCAACCAGCAGCUCAGCUGACCAGAUGACCGCAGAAACUGGUGGAGGAGCAGGAACUAGCAGGAACCCAGAUCUGAACCCUCAUGAACAAACAUCUGAUUCUUCAGAGACUGAAGAUAGUGGAGAUGAAGAUGAUGAUGAUGUGAAUCUGGACUCUGAGCUGUCAGACUCUGGGUCUGAAACUGGAGAUGAAGAUGAUGACUGGAAUGAGAGCAGGUCUUCUGAGUCAGAUGGAAGCACGACGUCCCUAAGUGAACAUUUGAGACGAAAACGUGGGGGGUGAUGCAGCAGAGGAAAGUCCGGUGAAUUCGGUAAGUAACAGAAAAUAAACAAGCUAACGCAGAUCAAAUUUGGGAGCUGAGUUCGUUAUAGUGGAUGUUAAACAUGUUUUUUUUUGCCGCUUCAGUCUACGGUGUUCUACUUCUGAUUGACUAGAUGCAAUCGUGAAUCUCCUCCGUGUUGUGUAUCAGGCACUUGCCAAAUUUAGCACGUCUGUUUAUAAGAAUGUUCUCGUUAAGAGAAAAACUGCACAAACCCAUAACUAUGUUCCUCAUUCAAAAAAGGACAACUCCGCGGAGAAAAAUAUACAGAUGAGCUGUGUCCAGGUGAAUAUAACGCGGCAUAGUUGUACGCUUUCAAUUUUUAAAUACAGGAGAAAUUCAGAAAGUCCUUUUUUUACUAUUAAAAGGCUGUUUUACUGUCUAACGCUGUAAAAUGCCUAGUGUUGUAGUGUGUGUGCUGCUUUAUUUUAUAUGUGUACUUAUUUCAGUCUAUUUGUGUUUCUUAUGCAGAAAAAGACAAGCAACGAUGGACAACUACAUGGGGAACAAGACACUCACCCCCCAGCAAUGCAUACCACUUACAAACUCUAUUCUAGAUUCUACAUUAUUUUUUAAGGAAUUUACCUCUUAUAUUUUGAUGCCAAAAAAUUAUUCUGGACUGAUAUUUUGCACUGUUUAGCUUAUUUUACACCGCUGACUGUGUUCAUGUGCAAUAAAAUAGAUUGCAGUCAACUGCACAAUUCUCUUAUGUUUUUCUAUUUCUUAACUGAAAUGUAUUCGUCACUUGUAUAGGUUAAAUAGCUGUUGUGAUUAGAAGUUUUUAUAUUUAUAUACUGUAAUUAGAUAAUUUAAUUACCUGAUUUUGUAUAUUUAUGCAAUCUAAGUAAUCAAUCAGAAGAGGUUGUUUAUAUCAUCAGGGAGUUUACUUAAACACUUUGUAUUGACUGGGAGACAAGAAAGAGAGAGAGUUGGGAUCGUUUAAGAAUCUUUAAUUUCUAUAAUUACAAAUUCUUACAAUCUACCAGGACUAUCAAUGAUGAAUGCAUAUGGAUGUAGAUGUUUCGUGUGUGUGUGUGUUUUGUUCAGAAUCUCUAGGCUGAGUAGCGAAUCUGGUUGUUUUGACUAGGCUACCACGAGGCUUCAGAAGCUGAUGACAUGAGCCACCAUUUGCCGUAUUUACGUACCCAGGAAGAGCCUCCCAUGUUAGAUCAGGAAUUGCCAGGUCUCGGACCUGCAGUGAUACUGGAGCUGGUUGAAACAGCGGUCACAGCACACAAUGCCCGUCUGAAGGGUCGACUCAGGUAGCAUCGGCAGGCGUCAACAAGUUCACUCUUAUUUUGAAAGAACGUUGUCUCGUUGGUAAAAACGACGGAAAAUCUCCAGCUUGACAGAUUUCAGCUCAAAGUAGGAAGUACAUCUGGCCAGUCUGCACUUCCAAAUGAUGACGAUGGAAAUCCUUAGGAACUCGGAUGUCCUGGAGCUGAGUUCAACAUGUAACUGCUGAAAGUGAACGUAACGUGGAACUAGGGUUGUCACGGUAUGAAAAUUUAACCUCACGGUUAUUGUGACCAAAAUUAUCACGGUUUUCGGUAUUAUCGCGGUAUUUUUUAAACGGUGUUGCAUAUGUUCAGAAAGCAUUGAUAGUCCUGUUCUACACAAACUGAAAUAGUUUUGAAAAGGUUUAACAGUGUUUAUUAAACCUAAAAUAACACAAAGCCUUAGCAAAAGUUCAACUUUUCACAAGUAAAGGAACAAAUAGCUUCUUUUUCUGGAACAUGUUACAGUAGUCAGUGCAGGUUUAAAUUAUACAAAUCCAAACAUUCAAAACAUAAACAAUAUGUAAACAAAUCAAAGAAACACCACUUGUUUUCUCAUAUACUUGUUUUCUUCAUUAUCAAAAUGAAAAUCUAAAACUCCAGUCCACACUUGCCUUGAGCACUGUACAAGUCAACCUUAAAAAAUAUGUAUAUAUAAUAAAAUAGCCACUUUAAACAAAUGACUAAAAUAACGACUACACUAUGUAAUCAAAUCCAAAUGUUCAAGUAUAAAUGGCAUUGAAUAAGUAAACAAAUCAAUGACAAGGAACUAAUUGUAUAUUUCUCUUCAUCAUCAACAAAUAAGAUGCUUCAUCCAGCAACAGGGUGUCCGUGACACGGUUUAAAUGCUGGCAGAGGACGCUGCGGCUGCAGUAUAUAGUGACUCGUUGCAUUCUCCGUCAACCAAAAGUCCUCACGUCAUGCAUUUAAGCUAAAAUGCUAAUGUUAACCUACCUUGCACUGGCUGUAGAGACGUGGGUGAUGGUCACGCAGAUGUGCCAUUAGAUUCGAAGUGUUGCUGCCUUUUGCAGACACUUGUUUCCUGCACGUUCUGCAAACGGGAUAGCAGUCUUCUAUUAACUGUCCCUCAGCGUUUUUCAGAAAUCCCAAAUAUGCCCAUACUUCCGAGUUAGUCUUCUUUGAGGGCUGAUGAUGUCCUGGGCGCUGCCGUCUCCUCCUUCGGCCAUUAUUUCAGCUUCAAAGUUUUAGUGCCAUUGCAAACUAAAAAGUGCGUGUGCGCGCCGCGGGAACUUCAGCUGAAGCGACGGUGGCUGGUAAGGGUCACCGCGCUGAAACCGCGGCCACGGUAAACCCACCGAGAUAAUUUAGUUUUUUUUUAAAACUGGACGGUUGUUUUUAUUGUCAACUUUUUUACCGGGGUUUACCGCUAUACCGGUUACCGUGACAACCCUAUGUGGAACUGACUUAAAAUGGCGUUGCCUUCUUUUUAUAUCUCCCAUUUGUUUAAGAAUCUUAGUAAACCGGAUUGGACUACUUUCAUAAACAAACCAGAUUCUGCCCUACCACAGACGAAAGUUCUGAUUGGUUGAAAACAAUGUGUCAUGCGUUUCCAUGGUAAUGCAUAUCAGUGUGUCUGGGGCAGCCCUGUUUAUUCAUUUAAACACAUAACUCAUGACAUCUUUAUUUCACAGAUCAUUCACUUGAUUAUUAAUGUUCAACAAAUGCUUUGAUUAGCUUAUCACAAAUAAAGUACUUUGAGUACUCAAUGAAAAACGUUCUUCUGUUCUUCUGUCUCUUCUCCUGGAAUGUACACAUACUGAACCAAGCGUCCGACCUUGGUGAUGGUACUGUGUGAAGGGGCAGCUGUUAAGCGCAGACCAUUAUACUUCCUAACGCUACACAGCUAAACAAUAACAAACCGAUUAAUCGAAAAAAUAAUCGACAGAUUAAUCGAUUAUGAAAAUAAUCGUUAGUUGCAGCCCUAAUUCCAUUUGACUACGUUUCAAGUGAAUCAAAACUGGUUUGCUGCUAAAAAAUAUGAAAUAAAACAACAAAAUUAUCAGGCUGAAAUAACAGACUCAUUAUGAAAGGCUCAAUAAUAUGCAUCAGAUUGGUGUUUAGUUCCUUUUUCCCAUCUGAUAUUUAUAGUUAAAAUAUUUUUAUAUAUUUGACCUACAUUUCAGUAACAUUUUAGUUUUGUGUUAAUAACACUCAUCUUAGUCAUAAUAACACAUAAAUAUAUGCGGUAAAAUAUAAUGCAUUUCAUUAACAUGCACUUGUGUUGGAAAUGGUAAUAACAUUUAAUUUCUGCAGCUAACAAUGUAAUGGUGGCAUGUCUAUUAUGUACGGGUUAGCAAUAAUCCAGUUCAAAUUAUGUUCAAACAUAGAAGCGUUUGUGGAUUAUAUACAACAAUGGCUUGCCGUAGACUUGUAGCUGUAAUGUGACCCGUAUCUGCAGCGGUUCUGAUCCGUAGUGCUGCAGGAUGCAGAAUAAACAGGAUGGUGGGGACUUUUCAUCCGCUUGUAGAGUUUAGUCUUUCAUCGUUUUACGAUCAUCAUCAUCAUCAUAUAUUUUUCUGUGCGCCACUUGAUCGCGAGACUGCUACCUGUUAGCUUUAGCAUUAGCUAAUCUGCGUGUAGCUGCACUUUUGAUCCCAAAGUUUGGACCGGUUCUGCCUUUGUGCCUUUGUUGGUUCCUUUAUUUUUCUCCACUGCAUCCAGAUGACCACACUGUGCGCCAGUAAAAAGCAUUUUCUUACACGUUACUUACUUUUGUUCAAUAAAGUUCUGGGGAAAAUAGUAAUUCAAAGAUGUUGCACCCAUGCUACGUUUAAAAAAUAGACAGACACGCACAGACAGUUACAGCCCUGCUCCGAUAUGGAAGAGCUGGGGGAAAAUCAGGACGUUAAUAGCACCAACCAUAGGUAUGUACCAACUAGCGAGAAAAGCAAAUUUUGAUCUUUUUCUGCAGCGGUUUUAGCGCUUUUCGGUGCACCGCUGCUGGUACAGCGCCCUGUAGUGGCGCAACGCUGCAACUGCAGUUACAGUAACAUCCAUAUAGCUGGGGGCAGAGUGAAAUCAGGCUGGGGCGGCACAAAAAUAGCUGGAGGCGGCCGCCACGCAAAUUUGAAUACAGGAAAACCCUGUAUAUGUGCCCCUUUUUUAACUUUGAGCACCCGCCCCUUCAAAGGUCUCUGCACGGCCCUGCUCUAUCUGCUUCCUUUACAGCACCUGCUGAGCUAAUUUAAAGGAGUCUCCUAGCGUCUUCACACGGAUGACAUCCAACUGUACAUCUCCUUUAAGCCCCAUGAGAUGUCUACGCUGCAGCUGUUGCUCUCCUGCUUAGACUCCAUUAAAACCUGGAUGGUGGGAGCUUUCUACAGCUGAAUGAAGAUAAGACUGAGAUCUUCAUCUGUGCCCCAGAGAAGCUGGUUCCCAAAGUCAGAGACUCUCUUGGUCAGCUUGCUUCUCACACCAAACCCUCUGUCAGGAAUCUUGGUGUGACCUUUGACCAAGCUGUCACCCUGGAUUCUCAUGCCAGUUCUCUUGUUGGCUCUUCCUUCUUCAAUCUCAGGAACGUUGCUAAGCUGUGUAACGUGAUGAAGGAGCCAUUUCUACCCUAACAGCUGUUUCCUUUUGACACAGUGUCAGUGUGUCUGAAACAGCCUGAAGGUCAUACAGUCGUUUCUAAACUGUUUACAUUCCAGCAUGAAGACAGAAGAAAGAAGAAUGAAUUCUUUCCUUUUGAUUAAUCAAAGAACUCUAUUUUAAUAAAGCUAAUCCAUCAAAGUGUUAGUCGAUAUAACAAGAUGUGACCGACCUGUGAAAUUAAAAUAUUAAUUAUUUUAUUAUGAUCUUAGAAAUGAAGUAAUGUAACUUUAAAUGGUUCAACAGGACUCAUUUCACGUAGUGUUAAAAGGACUUGACACAUUUUUUCACUGAUCCAAUCAGAAUCUUACAGAUCUGACGGAGGCGUGCUUCUGACGGUGUUUGGUAAUUUUCAUUCAACAAUAAACCAUAACAUCCGAGGUAUAAAACAGAUGCCACGUCAGCUCUAAUGCAGUUCAAAGCGUUCCAGAGCAAAGUGACGGAGUGGCCAAUCCUGAACUUUAACUCUUCAACCGAAAGAACCACGACAAGCUGAGAAAAUCCAGUCGCUAUAACAACAAGCAACGACAACAGCUCCUUUCAGAAUAAGAGCUCCACUGACCCAGGCUGGGUCUGAACAGACGCCAAGACAAGAGUCGUGUGCCGGCAGUAUCUCGAGACGGGUCUGGUCGGAACCGCAGCUCUGCUACCAGCUCGGUGUCCAGAGAGGGUCCGGGUGGACCUCGGCAUUCCUGAUCUCACAGAGGACUUCCACCAGGCAGGUAGGCGUGGCUUAAUGGUGUCUCAUGCAGUUCUGAAACGAACCCCAGCUUAUUCCAAACCAACAUCUUCAGUUCCCGUCAGAACUAAUCGCUCCUUCGGAUUUGCGGGUUCUGAUUUACAUGACACGUCAUCCAUUCACCGCCUCAUCCAUUUUUAGUCGCACUAUACACUUAGUUCUUAAAUAAGCCGAGUUUAAAGGAGCAUGGGGCAGGAAUUGUCCAAAAACAAAACGUACAUGUUCAUUCUUGAGAAGCUUAUGGGUGAUGAAGCAUUUUAAACUAAAAAGAAUGAUGAAACCAGUUUAUAAUUCCAUUUUGUUAAUCAGGCUUUGUGCUGCAAAAUGCAAAACAUUCCUGAUCCGAAUUUCCCGCGCUGUUUUACGGAUAUGACGUUAAUUGACGCUUCAAGCGCGUUCUCGACAAGGUUCAAACCUGGAAAAACAUUUGGAAGCUUGCUAGGUGGCGGUAACGCGUCUUUCACUACUAGCCACGUUAAAACCCCAAACAGAAGAGGAAGAACCCUGGAAAUGGAUUCUACAACUGGCAAAAGACCAAGCGCAACUCAAAGCCCACUAAAGAGUGGCACAAAGAAGAAGGUUUUAUCAGCAGCAUCUCGAGAGUCAAAAAGAAAAUAUGAUAAAAGUCGGUCAGGGACCCGAAUAUCUAUUGGUUACGCUCUGGAAGAAUGGAGGCUGCUUCAACUGGAUUUGGGCCUGAAAAAGGAUGCGGACAUGGCUCAUUUUCUAGUGACCAGCUACCGGAAGAAGCAGGCUCCUGAAACUGCAAUUCAGGGAGGUAAUGUGAAGGCAACCUCGACACCCAGUAAGAGAACAGCAGCUAAAAUGUCGCAUCGAUUAUCUCCAAUUGAACCUGUGUCUGAGGGGGAAGAUUUUCUAAUGGCUGAUGUUGAGGCCUUAGCUGAUUACCUAGAUUUGGAUCCUUUUGAAGAAAGUUUCAAAUCCAUGGAUCUAGCUACAGAUGCAGUCCAAAUUGAUGAGGACCAAGCAAACAACGUACUCAACAGUGUGCUGGGAUCCUAAAGGGAAAUGCCAUCCUACUUGUGUGGCUGAAGGACAUCUUCAACCAAUUUUGGUACAUUUGCCAGAAAGCACAACAUUGUGAUAUGUUUAAUGACAUGUGGGUGGGUGUGCUUCACCAUGUCACAGGGAAGCAUGAAUGGACCCGUGGCAAAUGUGACCAUGGACCACUUGAUGCAACAACCAGUGAUAAAGAGCUCAUGGUGCCAGGAUCUCCACCACACGAGGCUCUUCAACGAAUCAUGUUCAACAGACGCUGGUUGAAGGAUGUCACCAAUCUGACCUUUAGGUAUAUUAAUAACAUUUUCAUAAGCAAAAAAGCUAAAGUGUCAAUAUCAAAGCUGAAAUUUUACAUAUAGAAAUGACAAUUGUGGGUGAAAAGGCAAUCAAAAGUGUGAUUCCUAAUCAUCUAUAAAGUUGUAGCUUUUGUUUUUU